AUGGCUCAUUAUAGCCCUGAACCACAAAGCGGAGAUCGGUCCAGUCUCGACAGAAAGCGGCCACAACGAAGAGAUCCUGCGAGUUCGUAUCGCCCAUCCCCAUCAGAUCGCUACCGACCAGACCGAACCAGACAGUCGGGAAGGGACCGACCAGCGGAUCUAAACAGACUUCAACAUCGCAACACCGAUGCUUUCGGCAGUCAGCAUCGUCCUCGGAUGCAACAAGCCAGACAGCCCCCACCUUUCAAAAGACCUGGUGUCUCGAGGACUAAGCAUGCCCGCACUACGAACCCCUCUACCCGUAUUCAUUCUCUCAAGAAGCUCCUCAAUGGAUCUAGCAGUCUUCCCAUGACCAUACGUCAGGAAAAAGAACGGGAGCUUGCUGCCUUGCUCCUGGAUCAAGAGAAAGCCCGGAUGGCUGAAGAUGGUCGAAAGAACUUACAGAAAUAUCAUUUUGUACGCUUCAUAGAGCGGCAAAAAUCAGAGCGUACUUUGAAGAGGCUAAUUCGACGCCGGGACAACUCUGACGAACUAGACGACACUACUAGAAAGCAACUUGAAAAAGAGAUACACGAAACAGAGGUGGACCUAAACUACACCAAGUACGCUCCGCUCGGAGAAAAGUACAUCAGUCUGCUACCCAACGAAGAGAAACGUAGGGGCAAUCUUUCUAUGGCCUCAGAUGAUAGCUCUAUGCUUAACUCGGAAGAGACAGACCACUUGAUCAGUUUUGAGGAUGACCAGAGCAACCUACUGAGGCUAGUUCCAGGUUCGAAACCUCCGAUGUGGUAUCGAAUUGAAGAAUGUAUGCUUGAAGGCCAGUCGAAACUAGAAGCUUUGCGGGACGGCAAAUUGAACGCUAGGCCCAAGUUGGACAAGGAGUUGACAGCUGUUGGCAGCAAAGACGAAGGAGCUUCACGACGUGUGCGAGAUCCAAUUUUGAGAGAGGAGGACAUGAUAGAUCCGGCAGAUCUAGACACUGACGAGAACAUGAGCGACGGUGGCUUCUUCGAACGCUGA